AUGGUAGAAACUGCUCGUUUACUAGUGGAUUUUGAACGGGAACAAGAGCAGACGGUGGUUCCAGAUUUAAAAAUGUACGAGAGAUGCUGCAAACAAUUGAUCACUUUCAUGGCAAAGCACAUGCAAACGUCUCAAGGAUUUAUACAACAAAUGGAUCAAGUGAUACAAGAGAGUUACAAAAAUUCAAGAAGAUUGGAAUUGGGAUUGACACAAGUGGAAGAUCUGUGGCUUUAUUACGGCAAACACAAUGCUCAAGCAAGGACAGCUCCAUGGGAUACGCAACCUUUAGUUAUGCCACAAACUCCAUCUAGUGGUCUAGAACCGACGGUAAAAGUGGACAACAGGACUUUGAAGAUUGGGAUGGAUGUGACUUCACUUGUAGUUACAAAUUCCAAUGACAUUGGAUUGAGACCAACGUGCUCUCCAAACGUGGAUUUAUCUGAAUCUACCCCUUCUACGGUGCGAAGAGGUGAAAAACGACAGGUCAAAAGAGGUAGAUUAAUGCCUCGAGCUGGUCACUCCGUUGCACGAAACUUGUACAGUGUAGGAAGCUUAGACUGCACAAAUGAAGAUGACAUGGGGCUAGAAUGCGCCAAGGAUCUUGGGACUGAAAUAGAAACGGGGUCAGAAGUGCUUGUAGAAUCCUGUAAAGUUCCAUCCGACCAGCAUGUAGGAAUAUUGCAUGCGCUUUCUGAUCAAGUUGUGUGGCCUUGUGCUGGCGAUAACCCAUUGGAUCGGAAUCCUGCGUUCAUAGAGCAUUUGAAGCUGGCGGUAGCACUGGUCGAUGCAAAAAAUUGCUCUCCACCGCCGGGGACGAAGUGUAUGCAGAGCUGCAAAAGUCUUCGUGAUCGAAUGUGCCAGAGUCAUCGCAUCCAAGGCGGUAACGCACGCGUAUGUCACGAUAAGAUGUGCAGUGUAUGGCGCAAUAUUGACACUCAUUUGGUACGUUGCCAAAAUAGUGACUGCGAGUUUAAGAAUAGUGUUGGGUUGCGCCAAGCAAUGCACGACAUUCUACAGACCGAACUGAAACUCAAAGCGACAAGCGACAAGCUCCUGGUUGCUAAGUCGACCUUAAGCGCAACUGGCGGCAUCCAAAACGAUCGGCCAGGGACUUCAGCUUCUCAUAUUGAGAGUGAAAUAACGCGACUGGAGGAAAAGUGUACCAAGCUAGAAGACAUUGUCCUUUUCCACCAGGACCGACAACGCGCGUUUGAGCUUGACUUGAAUGCUCUUCAAAUCCCGCCAGCAAAGUGUGAGUCAGAAAAUGUACCCAGCUUCCAGAGCCAUUACGCGAGGAAGAGAUCAAGAGAAUAA